AUGGAGAACUACCAAAAGCUGGAAAAGGUUGGAGAGGGUGAGUGUAUGCGCGUACUGGCUGGCACCAGCCGGCCGAGGCCUGGUUGAAGACCGCACGCAGGUCGGCAUCGCAUCGCAACAGGCACUCAUACUUUUGCGCACUCUCAACUUCGGCCCCCCGCUUGCAGGCACAUAUGGAGUAGUGUACAAGGCCAAAGACUUGAGCAAAGGCGCCAAUGGUCGCAUUGUGGCCCUCAAAAAGAUUCGCUUGGAGGCAGAGGAUGAGGGCGUUCCAUCGACGGCCAUUAGGGAAAUCAGUCUGUUGAAGGAGCUGAAGGAUGAUAACAUCGUCAGGUGGGUCAGGGCUUCAUGGUCGCAGUGGCAUGCAAGUGAGCUCACAAUCGACGCACUCGCGCGCGCACACAAUCACAGGCUGCUCGACAUUAUCCACCAGGAGUCCAAGCUGUACCUCGUCUUUGAAUUCCUCGACUUGGACUUGAAAAAGUACAUGGACAAUGUCGCCCAUUCCAAAGAGGGCAUGGGUCCUGACAUUGUCAGGGUGAGUGGCAGUGAAAACUGUCUCUCAUCGCACGCGCGAGGUGACUAACAGCGACUCUUUGCCCCCACAGAAAUUCACCUUUCAACUCAUCCGAGGCAUCUACUAUUGCCACGCACACCGCAUCCUUCACAGAGACCUCAAGCCACAAAAUCUCCUCAUCGACAAGGAGGGCAACUUGAAGCUGGCAGACUUUGGGCUCGCGCGUGCUUUCGGUAUUCCUCUUCGCACAUACACCCACGAGGUGAGUGGGGCGGGUCGGAUCGGAUCGGGUGAAGUGCGUGUCCCUGGUCGCCUUGCUGAUCUGAUCGCGCGCUUUCGCACAGGUCGUGACGCUUUGGUACAGGGCACCAGAGGUGCUGCUUGGGUCGAGACACUACAGCACGGCCAUCGACAUGUGGAGCGUAGGCUGCAUCUUUGCCGAGAUGGCAAUGCGCGCUCCCCUCUUUCCCGGAGAUUCAGAAAUCGAUGAGAUUUUCCGCAUCUUUAGGUGAGCACGACGGAAACGCGCCGGGCUGAGGUCGCACGCUCACUGAACUUGCCGCCGCACAGAACGCUGGGAACGCCCACCGAGGAGGUGUGGCCAGGUGUGGGCAACCUUCCAGACUACAAGGCUACCUUUCCUCGUUGGAACGGGAUGCCGCUCAGCAAGGCGGUGCCCGCCCUGGACGGUCAAGGUAUCGAGCUGUUGAGGUCGAUGUUGGUGUACGACCCAGCAGGCAGAGUCAGCGGUGAGUGGUGAUGGCGGUGGUGCGUGGUGAGCGAGAACAACGGCGCUGACAUUCGCAUGCGACUCAUACGCGCAGCCAAACGCUGCCUAGACCACGGCUACUUUCGCAACCCCGGUGCUGCAGUCGUAGCUUAGAAGCGCGGUCUCACGGGCACGCCAACACGUUCAUCGACACGACCCUGUACGACUCUGUCCUGUAG